AUGGGCUUUGAUAAUGAAAAAUAAACAAAUUAACCGGUUUUUCCUACGUGAAAAGAUACUUGAAAAGGAACGUUUUUGGCAUUAUGUAUUUAUGUUUAUAGUAUAGGAUUUGCGCGUUGCGCGCGCAUCGCAUCUGCCCGACCGACCGAUUAUGGCGGACAGGCAGUGAAGAAUGUUUGUCGUCUUUUCUAAAUCAGAAAGUAUCGACAGCAGCCAAUGGCAUAAACCGGGUUUUUUGUAAAAAUUGUACAUUGUAAAUAGUUCUGUGUACAUAUAGUAAUUAUAUUUGUGCUCGUUUUGUUUAGAAAUUCUGUGAAUAGUGUAUUAUUUUGAGUGUUUAUUCAGUUCAGUUCUCGACGCCGACUUAUAGCUAAAUCCUAACGUUAGUACAUUAGUAAAACUCAUCUUACUUCAAAUUUCGUUUAUCUAGUAAUUUUGUAUCCUAGAAAUCAUUGAUUUCACUUCUUGUCUUUGUUUCGAUCCGUCAAGGAGACCGUUGCAGAGGUGCAAUAUUUUGGUUUCCCUUAGCGGCUGUCACCGUGCUUUGAUAAAACUACUGUCAUUACAAAGACAAAAAGACAGAUUUAGUCACCAAAUAUACACAAUAACGAGAUCUGGUUACUGUAUUUAGCGUAUUAGAUCAUGUAAAUCGGUUUAAUUACACAUCUGGCUGUAUUGUUAUUGAAAGUAGCGAUAUUUGUAUAAAGUGCAGAUAGCGAGACAUUUUGUGUUUACGGUUACGAAGAAUCGAAGUGUUGUGAAACUGAAUGCUCGAACCUCACGGUAGCCCAAUGAAGUGGCCGGGAACGGGAGCGGAAGAAGAGGCGGGCGAAGCUAGCUUGCAGAGCACGCGCGCUUCUCAGGCUCGGAGCCAGGACGAUGCCACUGUGCACUACGUGUUUCAACGAGAGCCACAGGAAGGCGAACUGCCCUCACUAGCACCUAAACAACGUUGGGCCGUUGGCGACGAUACUAUUGCAGAGAACCAAGAUAAAUGGAAGAAUUCCAAUCCUAUGACCAUGAACAAUAUGCACCAACAAGCUCAAGUGCAACUUAAAAAUUCACAAGCAAACCAACAGCAGUUCAUUAACCAGGCUAUAGCUUCGUCUGGUGGCACAUUAGCUAUGAAUCCAUCAGUUAUUGGAAGUCACCCAGCUCACUUGACUACCAACAUGGUACAUACCCAGUUGGCUCCAUUGCAAAAUCCAACACUUGGAAACAAUUUAGCAAUUCAAAACAAUGCAGUGAUGUUGCCACAGUUGCAAGGCAUGCAGAAUGCUCAACAGAUGGGACAGCAAGGAUUAUAUGACAUUCAUCAACACCAUGGCAAUCCUAUGCAAGCUAUAAAUGGCAUUGGGAAGAACAAUGAACAUCUCAUGUAUUUGGGUCAGGCUGGCAUGAUGGCCCCUGGAACUAAUCAGUACCUUCAACAAGGACAAAAUCAACUUGGAUUGACUCCAGUGGCAGCCAUCAGAAAUCAGAUUGCACCUGCUGCAAAAAAACUAUGGGACAAAGGCCCUGGUGCUGGCGGCGACAGCAAGGGCCCUCCUCACCUGCCGCCCCUACAGUUGAACCCAGAGCAGAUGUGGCGUGAUCCGACCUGGUCCGCGCAAGUAGAACACAAUGUGGGUGUGCCAAUGAUGGGCACACGGCGCGGCGUCGCUUUCCCCGGCGGGGAUGCUGGCAGCAUUCUGUCGCCGCGAGACACAGCUGGACUUGGUGUCAAAAUGGUCGAAUAUGUACUCGGAGGAUCUCCCACAGUUUCAUCAAGAAUUAAUUAUUCACAUCUCGUAGAAGCAGGUGGCGUAGCUACUGGUGGAGGUGAGAAGGUACCGGGUGUUGUCUCUGGAUUACGUGGCAUGGUACUAGAGGAGCGUCCUGAAGAUAAAUCUGCCUCUCCAUUCGAAAAGGACUUGCAUGAACUGCAUGAACAUGGAUCUCUACCUAAUGGAUUGCAUAAUGGACAAGAAGAUGACAAAGCUUUUAACCGCACCCCGGGGUCCCGGCAGCCGUCCCCGGCGGAGGAGGAGGCGGGCGGCGGCGGCGUGCGCAACGGGGACGCGGCCGCCUUCCCGCUGCUGCCGCCGCACGCCAUGCCGCAGCCGCAGCCGCUGCACCAUCUCACGCAUCUGUCGCACCCGCAGCACCACCCGGGGAUGUUAGGAGUGGCACCUCUCCAGGGAUUACCACAUCCACAACACCCACAAAUCCAUCCUGGUAUGACAUUGAACGACUCUAUGAAUCAACACAUUGAACUCGUUUUACAAAUGGAACAGCAUCCACAAUUUGACAACAACAGCUUUGCAAGUACACAGCAGGAACGAAUCUGUUUAUUGCCGUACAUCGUUCCAGAUUACAGUCUUAGUGCUAUUAAUUACACCAUAUUUCAAAGAACCACAAUAGGAAACCUGAGUCCGUAA